UGCGCUGGGGUGGAGCCAGCUGCGGGAAGCGGAAGCGGAGUCCGCCCCCCCGCCGAUUACCGGUCGUGGUGUCACACGUGACCCAGCCGGGUGGCAGCGCAGGCAGCAGCGGGUCGCGAGCGCCCUUAGCCGCGGUCAGGAUGUCGGCCAAGGACCGGAUCGAGAUUUUCCCCUCGCGGAUGGCUCAGACCAUCAUGAAGGCUCGUUUGAAAGGGGCCCAGACAGGUCGCAACCUCUUAAAGAAAAAAUCUGAUGCUCUGACUCUUCGAUUCCGACAGAUACUAAAGAAAAUCAUUGAGACUAAGAUGUUAAUGGGUGAGGUGAUGAGAGAAGCUGCAUUCUCACUUGCUGAGGCAAAAUUUACGGCCGGAGACUUCAGUACCACUGUGAUCCAGAACGUGAACAAAGCUCAAGUCAAGAUCAGAGCUAAGAAAGACAACGUAGCAGGUGUAACCUUACCAGUGUUUGAGCAUUACCAAGAAGGAGGGGACAGUUAUGAGUUGACUGGUUUAGCUAGAGGUGGGGAGCAGCUGGCAAAACUGAAGAGGAACUAUGCCAAAGCAGUGGAGCUGCUUGUAGAACUGGCCUCGCUCCAGACUUCAUUUGUUACGCUGGAUGAAGCUAUUAAGAUAACGAACCGGCGUGUGAAUGCUAUUGAACAUGUGAUUAUUCCCAGGAUUGAGCGCACACUGUCCUACAUCAUCACGGAGCUGGAUGAGAGAGAGCGAGAGGAGUUCUACAGGUUAAAGAAGAUCCAGGAGAAGAAAAAAAUAUUGAAAGAGAAGAAUGAGACAGAGCGGGCCUUACGGAAAGCUGCUGGGGUGGAAUAUGAACCUGCCAAUCUCCUAGCAGAAGAGAAGGAUGAAGACCUUCUCUUUGAGUAGCUCCGUUGGAGCAGGAGACCCAGAUGGCAGUGUGUUAACUGAUCUAAUUCUGGACAUGCUUUCUGGAUACUUAGUGGCUCUUCAUUUGGUGUAUUAGCCUGUGAGCUCCAUUGGUUGUGGUUUUUCCCCAAGAUGAGAACUCUGGGAGUGUGUUUUGGUGGGGUGUGGAAGCAGAAAAAGGAGACUAAUAGGAGUCUGGUCUCUUUGGCAGUAGGAAGAACCUCUCCCUUACACCAAUCUACCACCAUCUGUUUGCUUUUUAAUGGCUACUGAAUCUGUACUGCUGUUGAUUAAGGAUGUAUUUAUAGCAAUCAUACCCCCUUUUCUCCCCUUCCUACCUUUAAAACAGUGGAAAACAUUCCUUGUAAGGGAGGGAAAAAACCUAUGUGCAUGUUAACAGGCAUUGCUACAAUUAACUUGCAAACUAUUAAUGAUAGAAAAGCUGGAUUUGUUCAGGCUAACCUUGUUGCAGAAAUCCACACACUUGUUACCACGUGCCUGGAAGACAUCUUCCAUGUUGUGUAACUGUGAGAAAAUGUCUGUGCUGUAUGAUAGUAAAAUAAUUUUAAAUGUUA